UAGAGGAUCUUAAGGAAACGAAAGGUAAAGCACCAGCGGGCGGGACACUUGUGCCUGGGACAAACGUCUUCGACUCGACUCAGUGACGGGAUCUGAUAAAGGGAUGAUGGUCGCAGGACACAAAAACAAGAACAUUUUAGGCUGUGUACAGAAUGAAUUCAUCUGAUGCUAAUUUCGCUAAUUCAUUGAUGGCAUUGUGAUUACAUUUUUUGCUGACCAACCAUAACUUUUUGACCAUCUAAGUGACCAGCCUGCUGCAGUGCACCCCUGGGUGCUUUAGAGCAUGACGUGCUGUGAGCUUUAAUAUCAUUAUCGCAGUGACAUUACAGUUUUCAUUCAUAGCACAGGAAAACAGUGCUGGUUUAUUGAUCUAACUGUUCUUACAGCUCUAUCACUCUCUGCUGUCAAGCUCAGAGCUCUUUCAGACCUUCAGUAUUUUAUAACCCUGACAUGAUGAAGGGGUCACCCUGGAUUUCCCACCGUGCCACUGAAGCGGCGUUCAGAAGAAGGAGCUUUAUCGCGGUUCUACCCAUGGCUUUAUUGUUGUCAGCAAUGAGAGCCGGUGCACAGUUUAUGGGCAGCCCUCUGGACUGCCACAAGACGUGUGUGUGCGCCAGUAACAUCAUCAGCUGUUCCAAGAUGAAUCUAACCAACGUUCCCACUGCUCUUCCACAAUACACAGCCGUUCUGGACCUCAGCUUCAACUUCAUCACCAAGCUACGCGCCGAGUGGACCCCCGUCAAGCUCAGCAGACUGCACAGUCUGCUGCUCAGCCACAACGGCCUCACCUUCCUCUCGUCUGAGGCAUUUGUGCACGUGACCAAGAUUCGUUACCUGGACCUGUCCUCUAACGGCUUGCGCCAGCUGGACGAGUACAUUUUUGAGCCUCUUGAGCACCUCGAGGUGCUGCUGCUUUAUAACAACAACAUCUCUCAGAUAGAUCGCUCUGCCUUCUCUGGCCUCUUUAGCCUGCAGAGGCUCUACCUGAGCCAGAACCAGAUCUCACGCUUCCCCUUAGAGCUGGUGAAGGAGCGGAGCCGGCUGGAAACUUUGAGGCUGCUGGAUGUGUCCUCUAACCGAAUCAAAGCCCUGUCCCUCCAUGAGCUUCAGGCUCUGCCGGCCUGGAUCAAGAAUGGCCUGUACUUCCACAACAACCCUCUGCCCUGCAGCUGUGAGCUGUAUGAGGUGGUGGCACGCUGGCAACUCAAGGAGCUCAAUUCUGCCACUGACUUCAAGCUCAACCACACAUGUGUGUUACCAGGCCCACAGAAAUACAAAAUGGCCAUACUUGAUCUGGAUAAGGUCUAUUUGAACUGCAGUGAGGUCAGAAUUAUGGAUGAAGAAGCCUAUCUGGAGCAGUUCCUGGUCCUGGACUGUGACACCAGGCAGAAGGACAUGAGGAAGAGCUGGGCUUUGCCUGGAGACAUCCCCUUGUCCCCAGCACACAAGACUGCUGAGAUGCGUCCUGACGGCAGUCUCCAGGUUGGACCCCUGAAGGCAGAGGACUCAGGAGUCUACACCUGCUACGCCACCAGUGACUCCUUCAAUGAGACUCUGUAUGUAACUGUUGUGGUGUUUAAUUCCACCAUGAGAGGUGGAUUGGAAAACCUUAAAACAGCCUACACCACACUUGUAGCAUGUCUGAUCAGUGUAGUGAUGGUUCUCAUCUACCUGUAUCUCACACCCUGCCAGUGCGCUUGUUGUCCAGGUCAGAGCUUGGAGAAAAAUGACCCCGGAGACAGCCUCCACUCUUCAACUGUUAGCAUCUCACAGGAUGCGACAGGGCAAGAAAGAGAGGAAGGCGGAGGAGGCUACAGACAUGUGGCCUCCCUAGAUCAUAAGGACCUGCUGGAGCAGAACGGGCGGUUGAACCCAAUAGGUGAGGAAGACGAGGAGUGGCAGUGGGACAAGAGGGAGAGAAAGAGGUCUGAUGCAGGUUCUGUGAGCUCUGUGUGUUCUGAUACCCCUAUGGUGCUGUGAAAGGCACAGCCCGCAGGGUAGGGAGGGAGAUGGCUCGAGCCUCGUUCCCCACGCAGGUUUGUACAUCAUUCAAAAGUUAGCAUCUUCCAAACAAAGUUAUAGCUUUAGCCAGCUAUCACAGCUGGUGGUACCAUUGCAGUAGCAUGUACUCGAAAAAAUACAUUAUCUGUGCAAUGACUUCAUAAAAACAAUUUAAAAAGGACCCCCCCCCCCCCUGCAAAAA